UAUAUUUCAUUACAAAAAUAUUUAUGUACAUGCAUAAAUUAAAAUUUUGUCUUUCUAGAAAAUCUAAUUUUCAUUCUAAUAGAGUUGUUUGAAUAAAAAUCGCUGUGAGCGACUGUCUCUUAUCUCUUGAUUCGAGUUAACGUCAAACACGAUACAAGCGAUUUUGGUACAAAAUGAAUUUAGGAAGAGUGGCUAACGUUAACGUUUUCCGUAAAGUCCGACAGCUCGAGACAUUGGUCAAACCUGGUAGCUUGUUCCAAGUAUGCAAAUAUAAUCCAACGCAUUUUCCCAAAUCUAUUUCGAGUCUUGCAAACCUGAAUCGUUGCAUAAUACCUAAUGCAAAUCAUUAUUCAAGAUGCCGCAUCUUGUCCAAGUUUCCUGUACAAUCAACAGUCAGUGUGACUCCAACUCGUGCGACAAGCACCCACGGUGAUCAUGUACGCUUGUGGCUAAUAGAAAGAAUAGUGUCUGCAUCUUUCUUGUCACUAAUACCUGCUGCUCUGCUCUUCGAAAAUAAAUUUAUUGAUAUAAUAUUGGCAACUGCCAUUGUCAUACACACACAUUGGGGAUUGGAAGCUAUCAUACUUGAUUAUGCACGGCCUAUUGUGGUAGGCACAGUAUUUCCAAAAGUGGCGUUUUUCAUGUUAAAUAUACUUUCUGCCGCGACUCUUGCUGGUCUGCUUGUGUUAAUUUACAAUGGUCCUGGUCUUACAAAGAUCAUUAAACAGGGCUGGGCAAUAGGUAAUGAUAGAAAGAAACCACAAUCUGAGUAGACAUUAUAACUAAAAUACAGAAAUAAUUUGUUUAUGUUAGUAUAGAAGAAUUAUUUGAAAGAGAUGAUAGCUUGUAAAUUAUUCGAGAAUAAAUUAUUUACUAUAUAACAA